UAGCUCGCGGCUCAGGCUCGGCUCCGGGAGAGGCCGGCGCGCGGCCGCCGGGGAGGGAGGUGUCCGCGCCACGGGCGGCCAGCGGCGAGCGGCCGGCCCGGGCGGGAGCUUCAGUUCAGCUCCGCGCCGCCCGGGUCAUUGUUGGCCGCGACCAGGGAGCGGGAGCCAGGGGAGGAGCCGGGGAGGCGGUGGCGGCGGCGGCGGCGGCGGCGGCGGCGGGAGCCAGAGGGGGAGCCAGAGAGCGUGCGAGGGAGGGAGUCAGCGAGCGAGCGAGAGAGCGAGGGAGGGAGGAGGUAGAGAGACAGGGAGGGUGGGAGGGAGGAGGAAAAAUAAAGAGGAGAGUGGAGCAGGGCUGAACAAUAGAGACAGGCAGACGGGCGAGGAGGAGAGCCAGCUGCCGCUGCUGGGGGAGAGCGGGCGCCCAGGCAGCCCGGACCCCGGCCCCGGCCCGGCUCGGCUCCGGCCAGACAGCAGGCGGCCAGCGCCCGCGGGGAAGGGGUACCAUGGGGGAGCCGGCGGCAGGCGCCCCCAGCCCGCCGCGCGCCUCCGCCUGAGGGAGGCUGGGCGUCCUCUGUCCCAGCCCCGCCGCCCCAGCCGCCCGAGCCGCCCGCCCUCGAAGCCGCGAGUCCGCUCGGUCUGCGGCCGCGGCCGCUGCGCCCCGCGCCCUCCGCCCAGCGGGCGCCCAGCAGCCCUCGGCCCCGGGCUCGGCCGGCCCCGGCUGCCCGCGGACGCCUCCCUCAGUCAUGAACCCCCCGGAGGGGGCAGCGGAGGAAGGAGGAGCCGCCGACUCGGACGUGGACGCCUUUUUCCGGACAGGGUCUUUUCGGAAUGAUGGUUUGAAAGCUUCUGAUGUCCUUCCCAUCCUAAAGGAAAAAGUGGCCUUCGUGUCUGGGGGCCGUGAUAAGCGAGGGGGACCCAUCCUGACUUUCCCAGCUCGCAGCAAUCAUGACAGAAUAAGACAGGAAGACCUGAGGAAACUCGUGACCUAUUUGGCCAGUGUGCCAAGUGAGGACGUGUGCAAACGUGGCUUCACCGUCAUCAUCGACAUGCGGGGCUCCAAGUGGGACCUCAUCAAGCCCCUCCUCAAGACGCUGCAGGAAGCCUUUCCAGCCGAGAUCCAUGUGGCCCUCAUCAUCAAACCCGACAACUUCUGGCAGAAGCAGAAGACCAACUUUGGCAGCUCCAAAUUCAUCUUCGAGACAAGCAUGGUGUCCGUGGAGGGCCUCACGAAGCUGGUGGACCCCUCCCAGCUGACCGAGGAGUUCGAUGGCUCCCUGGACUACAACCACGAGGAGUGGAUAGAGCUGCGGCUCUCCCUGGAGGAGUUCUUCAACAGUGCUGUGCACCUGCUGUCCCGCCUCGAGGACCUGCAGGAGAUGCUGGCCCGGAAGGAGUUCCCUGUGGAUGUGGAAGGCUCCCGGCGGCUCAUCGACGAGCACACACAGCUCAAGAAGAAGGUGCUGAAGGCCCCCGUGGAGGAGCUGGACCGGGAGGGGCAGCGGCUGCUGCAGUGUAUCCGCUGCAGCGAUGGGUUCUCGGGGCGCAACUGCAUCCCGGGCAGCGCCGACUUCCAGAGCCUGGUGCCCAAGAUCACCAGCCUCCUGGACAAGCUGCACUCCACCCGGCAGCACCUGCACCAGAUGUGGCAUGUGCGCAAGCUCAAGCUGGACCAGUGCUUCCAGCUGCGGCUUUUUGAGCAGGAUGCCGAGAAGAUGUUUGACUGGAUAAGCCACAACAAGGAGUUAUUCCUCCAGAGCCAUACGGAGAUCGGUGUGAGCUACCAGCAUGCCCUAGACCUCCAGACGCAGCACAAUCACUUUGCCAUGAACUCCAUGAAUGCCUAUGUCAACAUCAACCGCAUCAUGUCCGUGGCUUCCCGUCUCUCUGAGGCCGGUCAUUACGCCUCGCAGCAAAUCAAGCAGAUUUCCACACAGCUGGACCAGGAGUGGAAGAGCUUCGCGGCUGCCCUGGAUGAACGCAGCACCAUCCUGGCCAUGUCUGCGGUGUUCCACCAGAAGGCUGAGCAGUUCCUGUCGGGAGUGGAUGCCUGGUGCAAGAUGUGCAGCGAGGGGGGCCUGCCCUCUGAGAUGCAGGACCUGGAGCUGGCCAUCCACCACCACCAGUCCUUGUAUGAGCAGGUGACGCAGGCCUACACAGAGGUCAGCCAGGAUGGCAAAGCACUGCUGGAUGUGCUGCAGCGGCCCCUGAGCCCUGGGAACUCUGAGUCCCUCACGGCCACCGCCAACUACUCCAAGGCAGUGCACCAGGUGCUGGACGUGGUGCACGAGGUGCUGCACCACCAGCGGCGGCUUGAGAGCAUCUGGCAGCACCGCAAGGUGCGGCUCCACCAGCGGCUGCAGCUCUGUGUCUUCCAGCAGGACGUGCAGCAGGUAUUGGACUGGAUUGAAAACCACGGUGAGGCCUUUCUCAGCAAACACACUGGGGUUGGGAAGUCGCUGCAUCGAGCCCGGGCCCUGCAGAAGAGGCACGAUGACUUUGAAGAGGUGGCUCAGAAUACCUACACCAAUGCGGACAAGCUCCUAGAAGCCGCAGAGCAGCUGGCUCAGACCGGGGAAUGUGACCCCGAGGAGAUCUACAAGGCAGCACGACACCUGGAGGUACGCAUCCAGGACUUUGUGCGCAGGGUGGAACAGCGGAAGCUUCUCCUGGACAUGUCUGUCUCCUUCCACACACACACCAAAGAGUUGUGGACAUGGAUGGAAGACCUUCAGAAGGAGAUGCUGGAGGAUGUUUGUGCGGACUCAGUGGAUGCGGUCCAGGAACUGAUCAAGCAGUUCCAGCAGCAGCAGACCGCCACUCUGGAUGCCACGCUCAACGUCAUCAAGGAAGGCGAAGACCUUAUCCAGCAGCUCAGGUCAGCGCCUCCCUCCCUGGGGGAGCCCAGCGAGGCCAGGGACUCGGCUGUGUCCAACAACAAGACACCCCACAGCAGCUCCAUCAGCCACAUCGAGUCAGUCCUGCAGCAGCUGGACGAUGCCCAGGUGCAGAUGGAGGAACUGUUCCACGAGCGGAAGAUCAAGCUGGACAUCUUCCUGCAGCUGCGCAUCUUCGAGCAGUAUACCAUUGAGGUGACGGCAGAGCUGGACGCCUGGAAUGAGGACUUGCUCCGGCAGAUGAAUGACUUCAACACGGAGGAUCUGACACUGGCUGAGCAGCGGCUACAGCGCCACACGGAGCGGAAGCUAGCCAUGAACAACAUGACGUUCGAGGUCAUACAGCAGGGGCAGGAUCUGCACCAGUACAUCAUGGAGGUCCAGGCCUCAGGAAUUGAGUUAAUCUGUGAGAAAGACAUUGAUCUGGCAGCCCAGGUACAAGAGCUACUGGAGUUUCUCCAUGAGAAGCAACAUGAAUUGGAGCUCAACGCGGAGCAGACCCAUAAGCGGCUGGAGCAGUGCCUCCAACUGCGGCACCUGCAGGCCGAGGUCAAACAGGUCCUGGGAUGGAUCCGCAAUGGGGAGUCAAUGCUCAACGCCAGCCUGGUCAAUGCCAGCUCUUUGUCUGAAGCAGAACAGCUGCAGCGGGAACACGAGCAGUUCCAACUGGCAAUCGAGUCCCUCUUUCAUGCCACUUCCUUGCAGAAGACGCACCAGAGCGCCCUGCAGGUACAGCAGAAAGCUGAGGCACUGCUCCAGGCUGGCCACUAUGAUGCCGAUGCCAUCCGGGAAUGUGCCGAGAAGGUGGCCCUCCACUGGCAGCAGCUCAUGCUGAAGAUGGAAGACCGGCUAAAACUAGUCAAUGCCUCUGUGGCAUUUUAUAAAACUUCUGAACAGGUCUGUAGUGUCCUGGAGAGUUUAGAGCAAGAAUAUCGGAGAGACGAGGACUGGUGUGGCGGACGAGAUAAACUGGGACCAGCAGCAGAGAUCGACCAUGUCAUCCCACUCAUCAGCAAACAUUUGGAACAAAAGGAGGCCUUUCUUAAGGCCUGUACCCUGGCACGGCGGAACGCGGAGGUGUUCCUCAAGUACAUCCACAGGAACAACGUUAGCAUGCCCAGUGCCGCUGGCCACACCCGGGGACCUGAGCAGCAGGUGAAAGCCAUCCUGAGUGAGCUCUUACAGAGGGAGAAUCGCGUCCUGCACUUCUGGACUUUGAAGAAGCGGCGGUUAGACCAGUGCCAGCAAUAUGUGGUGUUUGAGCGCAGCGCGAAACAGGCGCUGGACUGGAUCCAAGAAACAGGUGAAUAUUACCUGUCAACACAUACCUCCACUGGAGAGACCACAGAGGAGACUCAGGAACUGCUGAAGGAAUAUGGGGAAUUCAGGGUGCCUGCCAAGCAAACAAAGGAGAAGGUGAAGCUUCUGAUUCAACUGGCUGAUAGCUUUGUGGAAAAAGGCCACAUUCAUGCCACGGAGAUCAGAAAAUGGGUGACCACAGUGGACAAGCAUUACAGAGACUUCUCCUUGAGGAUGGGAAAGUACCGAUACUCCCUGGAGAAAGCGCUAGGCGUCAACACAGAGGACAAUAAGGACCUGGAGCUGGACAUCAUCCCAGCAAGCCUUUCAGAUCGUGAGGUCAAGCUACGGGACGCCAACCAUGAAGUCAAUGAAGAGAAGCGGAAGUCAGCCCGGAAGAAAGAAUUCAUUAUGGCUGAAUUGCUGCAGACAGAGAAGGCUUAUGUAAGGGACUUACAUGAGUGCUUAGAGACCUACCUGUGGGAAAUGACCAGCGGCGUGGAGGAGAUCCCCCCUGGCAUCCUUAAUAAAGAGCACAUCAUCUUUGGCAACAUCCAGGAGAUCUACGAUUUCCAUAACAACAUCUUCCUCAAAGAGUUGGAGAAGUAUGAGCAGCUGCCUGAGGAUGUGGGACACUGCUUUGUUACCUGGGCAGACAAAUUUCAGAUGUACGUCACCUACUGUAAAAACAAGCCUGAUUCCAAUCAGCUGAUCCUGGAGCACGCAGGCACCUUCUUUGAUGAGAUACAGCAGCGGCACGGUCUGGCCAACUCCAUCUCUUCCUACCUAAUCAAGCCCGUCCAGAGGAUCACCAAGUACCAACUGCUCCUGAAGGAACUUUUAACUUGCUGUGAAGAAGGGAAGGGGGAGCUCAAGGAUGGCCUGGAGGUGAUGCUCAGUGUCCCAAAGAAAGCCAAUGAUGCCAUGCAUGUCAGCAUGCUGGAAGGGUUUGACGAGAACCUGGAUGUGCAGGGAGAGCUGAUUCUCCAGGAUGCCUUCCAAGUGUGGGACCCAAAGUCGCUGAUCCGGAAGGGGCGGGAGCGGCACCUGUUCCUCUUUGAGAUCUCCUUGGUUUUUAGCAAGGAGAUCAAAGACUCUUCAGGACACACGAAAUAUGUUUACAAGAACAAGCUACUGACCUCAGAGCUGGGUGUGACCGAGCACGUAGAAGGUGAUCCCUGCAAAUUCGCCUUGUGGUCUGGGCGCACCCCCUCCUCAGACAAUAAAACAGUGCUGAAAGCCUCCAACAUAGAAACCAAGCAAGAGUGGAUCAAGAACAUUCGAGAGGUGAUUCAAGAAAGGAUCAUUCACCUGAAAGGAGCUUUAAAGGAGCCAAUUCAGCUCCCCAAAACACCAGCCAAACAGAGGAACAAUAGUAAGAGGGAUGGAGUGGAGGAUGUUGACAGCCAGGGAGAUGGGAGCAGCCAGCCAGAUACCAUCUCCAUCGCCUCCAGGACCUCUCAGAAUACAGUGGACAGUGACAAGCUCUCUGGCGGAUGUGAGUUGACCGUGGUCCUCCAGGACUUCAAUGCGGGCCACAGCAGCGAGCUGACCAUCCAGGUGGGGCAGACGGUGGAGCUGCUGGAGCGGCCCAGCGAGCGGCCGGGCUGGUGUCUGGUCCGCACCACGGAACGGAGCCCCCCCCAGGAGGGCCUGGUUCCCAGCAGCGCCCUGUGCAUCUCCCAUUCCCGAAGCAGCGUGGAGAUGGACUGCUUCUUCCCCUUGGUGAAAGAUGCAUACUCUCAUUCCUCAAGUGAAAACGGAGGCAAGUCUGAGUCAGUGGCCAACCUGCAGUCUCAGCCCUCCCUGAACUCCAUCCACAGCUCCCCUGGGCCCAAGCGUUCCACCAACACCCUUAAGAAGUGGCUGACCAGUCCCGUGCGCCGGCUCAACAGUGGAAAAGCAGAUGGAAACAUCAAGAAGCAGAAGAAAGUACGAGAUGGCCGGAAGAGCUUCGACCUGGGAUCUCCCAAGCCUGGGGAUGAGACGACCCCUCAGGGAGACAGUGCCGAUGAGAAGAACAAGAAAGGUUGGGGCGAGGAUGAGCCAGAUGAAGAGUCACACACCCCCCUCCCUCCUCCUAUGAAGAUCUUUGACAAUGACCCUACACAGGACGAGAUGUCCUCCUCUUUGCUAGCAGCCCGGCAGGCUUCCACUGAAGUACCUUCUGCUGCAGACCUUGUCAGUGCAAUAGAACAAUUGGUCAAAAGCAAGCUGAGUCUAGAAGGAGGCUCAUACCGGGGAAGCUUGAAAGACCCUGUAGGCUGCCUGAAUGAGGGGAUGACCCCACCCACACCUCCUAGAAACCUGGAAGAAGAACAGAAAGCCAAGGCCCUGAGAGGCCGGAUGUUUGUCCUGAAUGAGCUGGUACAGACAGAAAAAGACUAUGUCAAGGAUCUGGGGAUUGUGGUGGAGGGCUUCAUGAAGAGAAUAGAAGAAAAGGGUGUCCCUGAGGACAUGCGAGGGAAGGAUAAAAUCGUGUUUGGAAAUAUUCACCAGAUUUACGACUGGCAUAAGGAUUUUUUCCUGGCUGAACUGGAAAAAUGUAUCCAGGAGCAAGACAGACUGGCCCAGCUCUUUAUUAAACACGAGCGGAAGCUGCACAUCUACGUGUGGUACUGCCAGAACAAGCCGCGCUCCGAGUACAUCGUCGCCGAGUACGACGCGUACUUCGAAGAGGUGAAACAGGAGAUAAAUCAAAGGCUGACGCUUAGCGACUUCCUUAUCAAGCCCAUUCAGAGAAUCACAAAAUAUCAGUUGCUCCUCAAGGACUUCCUGAGAUACAGUGAGAAGGCUGGUUUGGAGUGUUCCGAUAUCGAGAAAGCCGUGGAGUUAAUGUGCCUUGUUCCAAAACGCUGCAAUGACAUGAUGAAUCUGGGACGCCUGCAGGGCUUUGAGGGCACCCUGACUGCUCAGGGGAAGCUGCUGCAACAGGACACGUUCUAUGUGAUUGAGCUGGACGCCGGCAUGCAGUCCCGGACCAAGGAGAGGCGUGUGUUCCUCUUUGAGCAAAUCGUCAUCUUCAGUGAACUGCUAAGGAAGGGAUCACUCACCCCGGGCUACAUGUUCAAAAGAAGCAUCAAGAUGAAUUACUUGGUCCUGGAGGAGAAUGUGGACAAUGACCCCUGUAAGUUUGCGCUCAUGAAUAGAGAGACUUCUGAGAGGGUCAUUCUGCAAGCCGCCAAUGCGGACAUCCAGCAGGCCUGGGUGCAGGACAUCAAUCAAGUCUUAGAAACACAGCGAGACUUCUUAAAUGCCCUACAGUCGCCCAUUGAGUAUCAGCGGAAAGAACGGAGCACGGCCGUGAUGAGGUCCCAGCCAUCCAGGGUUCCCCAAGCCAGCCCCAGACCCUACUCCUCUGCCCCGACGGGCUCUGAGAAGCCCCCAAAGGGCUCCAGCUAUAACCCACCUCUGCCACCCCUGAAGAUAUCUACCUCCAAUGGCAGUCCAGGGUUUGACUACCACCAACCUGGGGAAAAGUUUGAGGCCAGCAAGCAGGGCGACCUGGGAGGCUGCAAUGGGACCUCAUCCAUGGCCGUGAUCAAAGAUUACUAUGCACUGAAGGAGAACGAAAUCUGUGUGAGCCAAGGUGAGGUGGUCCAGGUCCUCGCCGUCAACCAGCAGAACAUGUGCCUGGUGUACCAGCCUGCCAGCGACCGCUCCCCGGCGGCCGAGGGCUGGGUCCCGGGCAGUGUCCUGGCGCCCCUGCCCAAAGCCACGGCGGCCGCAGAAAAUAGUGACGGAAGCAUCAAGAAGUCAUGUUCAUGGCAUACUCUACGAAUGAGAAAGCGGGCGGAAGUGGAGAACACGGGUAAAAAUGAAGCCACAGGGCCUCGUAAACCCAAGGAUAUUCUGGGCAACAAAGUCUCUGUUAAAGAGACGAACAGUUCCGAGGAGUCAGAGUGUGAUGAUCUUGACCCUAAUACUAGCAUGGAGAUCUUAAAUCCAAAUUUCAUCCAAGAAGUGGCCCCAGAAUUCCUUGUGCCCUUAGUGGAUGUGACCUGCUUGCUUGGGGACACAGUGACACUGCAGUGCAAAGUCUGUGGGCGGCCCAAGCCCACCAUCACCUGGAAGGGGCCAGACCAGAACGUCCUUGACACGGACAACAGCUCGGCCACAUCCACCGUCUCCUCCUGUGAUUCGGGGGAAAUCACCCUGAAGAUUUGCAAUCUGAUGCCCCAAGACAGUGGGAUUUAUACCUGCAUAGCAACAAAUGACCACGGCACUGCAUCUACAUCUGCUACAGUUAAAGUGCAAGGUGUUCCAGCGGCCCCUAACCGCCCCAUCGCCCAGGAGAGAAGCUGCACCUCCGUGAUCCUCCGCUGGCUGCCUCCCUCCAGCACGGGAAACUGCACAAUUUCCGGUUACACCGUGGAGUACAGAGAAGAAGGUUCCCAGGCCUGGCAGCAGUCGGUGGCUUCGACCUUGGACACUUACCUCGUUGUCGAGGACCUCAGUCCUGGGAGUCCUUAUCAGUUCCGAGUCAGCGCCAGUAACCCCUGGGGGAUCAGCCUUCCCAGCGAGCCCUCGGAGUUUGUGCGACUCCCCGAGUACGAUGCUGCUGCUGAUGGCGCCACCAUUUCCUGGAAGGAAAAUUUUGAUUCUGCUUAUACUGAGCUAAAUGAAAUUGGAAGAGGCCGUUUCUCCAUAGUGAAGAAGUGCAUUCACAAAGCCACACGCAAGGAUGUCGCCGUGAAAUUUGUUAGCAAAAAAAUGAAGAAAAAAGAGCAGGCUGCCCAUGAGGCUGCCCUGCUUCAGCACCUGCAACACCCCCAGUACAUCACUCUCCACGACACCUAUGAGUCCCCCACGUCCUACAUCCUGAUUCUGGAACUGAUGGAUGAUGGUCGGCUCUUAGACUACCUUAUGAAUCAUGAUGAGCUGAUGGAGGAGAAAGUUGCUUUCUACAUCCGAGACAUCAUGGAAGCGCUGCAGUACCUCCACAACUGUAGGGUGGCCCAUUUGGACAUAAAGCCCGAAAACCUGCUCAUUGACCUACGCAUCCCAGUGCCUCGGGUGAAGCUCAUCGACCUGGAGGAUGCCGUCCAGAUCUCGGGGCACUUCCACAUCCACCACCUGCUGGGCAACCCCGAGUUUGCUGCCCCAGAAGUGAUCCAAGGAAUCCCCGUCUCCCUGGGCACAGACAUCUGGAGCAUCGGGGUUCUGACAUACGUCAUGCUGAGUGGGGUGUCCCCCUUCUUGGACGAGAGUAAGGAGGAGACCUGUAUCAAUGUGUGCAGGGUGGACUUCAGCUUCCCACACGAAUACUUCUGUGGCGUGAGCAACGCUGCCAGAGACUUCAUCAAUGUGAUCCUACAGGAAGACUUCCGCAGGAGGCCCACGGCAGCCACGUGCCUGCAGCAUCCCUGGCUGCAGCCCCAUAACGGCAGCUACUCCAAGAUCCCCCUGGACACCUCCCGCCUGGCAUGCUUCAUAGAACGCCGCAAGCACCAGAACGACGUGCGGCCUGUCCCCAAUGUCAAGAGCUACAUUGUCAACCGGGUAAACCAAGGGACGUAGCCGUCUCCUCGCCCUUGGGGUUCCACAUGGAAGUGCAGUGUGAACCAAAGCAAGACUGAAUGUCUGUAAAUAAUUCUGUUCAUUCGCUCCACGCAGUUCUCUGGCUUGAGAGACGGACCUCUUAAACCGCGUCCAUGGCUAUUCAGGGUCUGGGCAGCAGUGAAAUUACCCUCAACCCAGGGGCUUUCCAGAAGGUCAUAGAAGAAAGAAAGAUGCAAAGAGUCACCCAGAACAUUAAAGAGAGGGGGCAAGGAUACCAAGAAUAUGAGCCGUUAUAAAAUUUUAACAGUGUGUUCCAAAACGAGUGGUGAAAUGGGCAAAGCUAAAGCUCACGGUAGUGAGUGUAAAAGGUUUCUAACCCUGCUGAAAUUUUAAGCAAAAAAGUUCUAUUUAACAGAGAUGUCACAUAUGUCAACUAUUCUGGUUUAGAUUACUUAGAUAUAGUUUCUUAAUAGCAUACAUAUACACAUACAGUAAAGUAUAUCCCAUUCAGGUUUCAGAGUUUUAUAAUAUAGAGGUAUAUAUGAAAUCAAUCAUAAGUAAUUUUGAGUGCUCCAGUUAAGACGGUAAUUUAUUUACCGAAGCAUUACAUUGUUUUGACUAAGCACAAUUAGAUGACAAGUUUUUUAGAGCAUUUUAUAAAUCUUGUAUAGAAAUCUUUUACCAGAACCCAUGCAUUAAGAGAAAGCAAUGUUACCCUUUUGCAAUCUGUGAAUGAGAAGGUUUUUCUCUCAGUCACGAGUAUUUGAUUAGCAUAGGUUCUGUAUAUGAAACACUACCCCCAAAUUCACUGGCAGCUCAGAGUUAAUCCGGCAGGAAAGCCUGCCAGGAAAUAAGUCCAAAUAUGGUUAAGAGUUGUGGGGCUAUUUUUAUGUCUACACUCGGUUUGAACUAGGUAACGAAUAUAACAGGUUCACACAAAAGGGCAAAUAGAAACCUUUCCUACGGUUCCUAUGAACAACGUUAACAACACUUUCUGACUUCUACAGACGUAGAAUGUAGUCCUCAGAAAGUUGGCUUGCUUUAUUUCUAACCCCUUCUGGAAGCUAAGGGGUGCUUACCAAAAGGAGGCAGCCAUAUAGGCCUUUAAAGGCCUGGUCCCAAGUCCUUUUUGAAGCCAUGGAAUAAAAUCUGAUACAUCACUCUGACAGAGCAUUGAAUUUUAACUGUGAUUGCCAUACCUAUCUCCACUUAGCCGCUGAUAUUUCCCUGGACCAAAAGGACCAAUUGCACUUUGAGGCCAACACUGCUUUUUGGCGCGUAUUCUCCACACAAGGUGAUUAUGAACUGCCCUUUUCCCCCCCGCUAGUGGAAAAAAAAAUUCAGUCUGGACAUUUCAUGGUUGUUUUUCUUUCUUUGUUUUUGGGGAAGAUUUUUUGUUUUGUGUGUGUGUGUGUGUGUGUGUGUGUGUGUGUGUGUGUUGGUACAUGAUCCACCCUUUGUUUUCUAGGAUGGGUUUUGAAAAUUGCUAUUAUGCAAAUAUUAUUUUAAAAUUAUAACUCAAGUGUUUGUCCUCAAAUUAGGUUUAAUGGCAUUGCUUCUCUCCUAUAAUAGGACUGAGAAAAUUAAAAGCGUGUGGCACAGAAGUGCAAGCAGAGGGUUUAUGAGGAAUAAAUAGAAUUACAAAUCGAUCUAAAUGAAAAAGGAUGGUGGACACUAAGCCUGAACUUUAAUAUAUAAAAACACUUAUUCCCACAGUGGAAAUGUAAAAUUAAAAAUACUCAUCUUUCAUUUCCAUUGCUUUCAGAGUCACCUUCUUCAUCCACUAAUUAAUCAAUUAGUAGGAAGUACAAGCAAUAAGACUAGAUAGCACUUCGUAUUUUUAGGAUUAACCAAAUACAUGGAAACUGAUUCCACCUAUAUUUGGUUCCUAGCUUCAGAUGGCCCUGGGUCACCAAGGCGCCCUCCCUCAGAGCCCACCCCUGACUAACCCCCCUAGUCUCCAUUUAAAUCUACAUGUAUAUACAAAUACUAUCUGAUAUGAUAUUUUAAAAUUUAAAACAUAUUUACUAAAAAAAAACCUUUUAAGGAAACAUGUCUUCAUUGUGAGAUUGAGCCUAAAAGAAGGCCUGGUCCCUAGGGCUCGUCACAGGACGGAGGGCGGGUGCUGAGGAUUCCAAAUACCCAUCAAGUGUGGCUUGGCAAGGUCUGUUUCAUCCACUGUGUGCAAUGACUAAAGAACUCCCUGCUGAGUCCUUUUGAGUUUUUAUGACCAUGGAAGAGAUGGGCUGAGUUUCUGCUGGAGAAGAUUAGGGCCUUGGACGGUGGUGCACAGAGGGCACAGGAGAGCGUUCACGAAAUCGUGUUGUGGGAAGGCAGCUGACAGAAUGUUAGAGCCAAAGCUUUUAUAUCAGCCUUGCCAUCAGAGUAGCGACGGCCCAGGUGUGGGGUUGUGCAUGUGCGGAAUCUCCCCUCCCCACCAAGUACACAUGUUGGGGAAGUGAGGAGACAGGAGAGGCGGGACAUAGAAAUGCAAAGUGGUGUGAUUGUUAACUAGAGCCAAAGUACAAUCAUUAGAGUAGAAUUAAUUUAAUAGAGGCUCCAGGAGAAAGGGUGUGUAUUUUAUAUAGCUUGGUCACUGAAGAGAACUAACAGAGAGGUGUCCUGUCUGCAAAGCCCCUGCUCCCUCCCAACAGGAGUAAGAUAGCAGUCCUGCUUCGAGAUUCUCUUUAGCCAGCUGGAAGUAACAAGGAAUCCCCGAAGGUGGGGCUGGGCAAUAUACAUGAGGUUGCUCUGUGGGCAACCGUGGUGAGGGAAGAAGGAUUAGAAACCAGUUUCUUGUACCUGUUUUGGCAGAUAUUUAUUACUUUGUGGUAGAGAGGGGGAGAAGAGAAAAUGUUCCACUUCCACCAUAACCGUCAUAGUUUUUGAAAUCAAAACCUAACUAGGAAUUAGUGAGAGUGAACUUCCAGUUGAAGUGGGAAAAAUUAAUGUUGGUUAAACUCGUAAGUUUCUUGCUUGGCUUAUAUUCAUUGCGUAGAGUUUUGGGGUUUGUUUUGUUUUGUAAGGGUGGGAUGCAGAAAGAAGGAAAAGAUCAGGGACAACUCAUACUAAUUUUUUAAAGAUAUAAUGAUUUACUGCACAUUUUACAUUUGUUUCAAAUUAAAUAGAUUUAUAUGCACUUACAGCUGAAUGUUGGGAAAAUUUUUAGGAAAAAAAUUGUAAUGUUGGAGGUGUCCUUCAGGACUCUCACAGCCAUAAACACCCUUGGGGGAGUAGAGGAAGCAGAGGAAAAGCUGGCUUCACCGCUUUGUCGUUCACAAAGCCUUUAUAAAUAGUAGUGCCUUUCAGAGGGGAGGAUGGGAGAUAAAGAAGUUCAUUGUAUUUAGAUUGACUGAUACUGCAGCAUUUUUUCUCUUUCUGUUAAAAUAUCUUUUAAAUGAAAACAUCUGAAUAUAGGGUGAGGCCAGGAAUUCUUGAGUUUCAACCUCAGCUAUUCCUGAUUCGUCCUUUCUUACAGAAAGUCUUUGUUUUUUUCUGUCCCAAAUGUCCCCAUUGUUAAAAUGGGAAUGGGGGGGGAGGAGGGACUUUAAUCUCAUAGGAAUGUUGCAAAAAUAGCAUAGCUGGGAUGUCUAAAGGAUAUUUUGAUUUUCUUAAAGUACUACACACUGCCAGUGCUAAGAAUUUUACUGAGAGUAACUUUGAACAUUCCGCGUUUUCAAUAUCCAUAUUUUAGGAUACCAUUUGCAAACUCAUGAGAUUAAGUUCUGUAAAUUGAUUUUAAUUGGAAGUACCAGGUGCUCUUUGUCUAAAUGUUAUUUGGUCUUAGCCUGUAAUUUCAAUCAUUUAAAAGCUUGUCUACAGAAAAAGGUUAGGAGAGCUAAUGGUCUUAUGUGAAUACACUGUUUUCUCUGGUAUUUCUGAUGGCAGAGCCAGAGUAGGACACCCUCCAGGGUGAUGCUGCUCUCUCCUCUCAAGUUUUAUGCUCUGGAAAAAUUGACAGAGAAGAACUCAAAACAGCCACUUUCCUCACUGGAAGGGCAGAAGUGAGAAUAAAGUAUUGUUUGAUAUCGCAACUCACUUCUUCAGAAUCUCACCAGCAUCCAUUAUAAGAGGCAAAUUGCAUGCACAGGUGUAGAAAUGAAUUGAACUGUUGGAUUUUGGAGGGAAAACCUUGGAUUUUUUUUUUUUUUUUAAGAUAAUUAGGUGCUUCAGGAGUAACAUAUUUGCUUUCCCAUAGUCUCCAUGAUUUAAUGAAUUUAGUCAUUCCUUGUUUCCUUGCCUAUGUGAAAGAGCAUGGGAAUUUAGAUUUGUGAGAACAUGAGGGAACAAAGGUAUUAUAAACUAGAUGGUGGUUAUAUCUGUGUAUUAACUAAAACGUUGUCCCACAAAUUUGAUAGAGGAGGAAAUAUUACAAACAUUAGGGGUCUCUGUAGUAAGGCAAAGUGCAAACUCACCACUCCCUUCUUCAGUUUUGAGGAAUGUGGGCUUUAUUCCUUUUUCUCCUGUGUAGCAUCUCUGUGGAGUCUGGGUUAGGCUAACAUAGUAUGUGGGCUUCCAAUGGAUUUAUUUACAUUAUGGCUUUUCUAUUUACUAUUUAAAGUCUAGGGAUCAUUUGGAAAUUAAUAAUUAAAUCUGGGGUGGGUUUAGAAGAGACAAGGUUUAUAUAUACUCCACUAAGAAAAGGGAAGCUACUGUGUUAAUAUUUAUUUUCUAAAAAGUAUAAGGAUUUCAGUUGUUUCAUUAAUUCUAAAGGGUUAAAAAGAGCUGAAAUUUGUCCAUAGCACUAGACAUUUUUAAUAGGUAAUAUUAUUCAUGUGAGAAAUCUAUACAGAAAUAGAACACAGAAAUAACAUAGGCCAUAUUUUCAAUGAAAGGCAUUUCUGCAUUUUUCCAUAUGUGUAGAAGUUAGAGGAGAAGAAAAAGCAAUUACUCUAAGACAAAUUUUCAUCUUUAAGGGACAUUUAUGGAAAGCCUGAAAUUAAUACUUGUGAAAGCCUGAAAUACUCAUAGGCUAUUGUGUUUUCUUGUCAGCCUGUUUGCUGGGAGAUUCUAAAAUGUGGUCAGAUUUAGUUUUAUUCAAACGAUCAGGAUCAACUGUUUCUUCAGAUUGCUGAGGAUAGUUGAAAAAAGGGAGAGUGGUGGGGAAAAAGUGCAAAUAAAAUUCCUGGCGUCCCAACUUAAGCAAGCCAAUUUGCUAGCCCAGGGAGAGCUAGCAUUAAGAGUUGCAUCAAUGCCUGACUUCUAUCAAGAAAUGAAUCCACAUCCUGGAGUAUUAUGGGGACAGUUACCAUGAUCUCAGAGACUGUGGUUAUGAAUUUGAAGUUAACAAAACAUACAUCUUCUCUUACUAACUUAAGCCAUAUCUGUCAUCUGUGUCUGAUUUUUUUGACCCUGGUGCUUUUACUUCUGUUUCUGCCAAACUCCAGCCUGCUCUAUGGGGAAGGUGAGUAACACCAGUAGUUAGGACAAAUGUGAAGACUGUGAAAAACUAAACAUAACUGUCAGAAUGAGAUCCUAGUCAGAGAACAGUAGUGAUCAAAGUGCAAACUAUUGGGGAAUAUGGAUAUAUGUACACCUGUACAUGUAUAUAGUGUAUAAUAUGUAUGUAUAUGUUAUUGCUCAUAUGCAGAAAUCUAUCCAGUUGAAGACAGCCCAGGUCGGUCAAUUUUUCUACUGGAAAACCUUUUAGGGCCAUUCAAAACCAUUAGGGCUGAUGGGUGGAGUUCCAGCCUACUCAUUUGGGAAUUGUUUGCUGUCCUUUGAAGUCCACAAAGCCAAAUGAACAAAGCCUGAAACAUAAUGAGGCCAUAGCUGAGGCUGUUUACCUAGGGUCAGGAGUAUCUUUAUGUUUGAAUUAUUAAUAGUUGGUUUGCAAACUGCACUGGCACCUCUUGGUUUUGAGUGACCCCCUCCCCACCAAGUUGGAGUGGGCUUCUCUGGCCAUUCAGAUAAAGGGCCUUAUCCGUAAGUGGAUAGGUUUCCCCAUAGGGACCAUUACACAUAUACAUAUAAGUACAUACUUCCAUUGGGCUUGUAACAAUUGAUUUAAAAUCACUUCACAGUAUCGAUAAAUAGCUCUAUAUUUUCAAGGUGCAGAAGAAUUCCACAGCCUUAAUUAUUUCAGUGUCUUGCUGGUCUGCCUUAAGUGUAUCUUCUGGGUUUUUGGUUGUCUUAUUAUUUUUAAAUUUUUCUGCAGUUCAUUUUUGUAUGCAUACAAUGUCGUUUUGUAAAGGUAGGUUGUAAAUAUUUUAUUUGUAAGUCAAAAUCACUCAUGUGUAAUGUUGUAAAGUGAUGACCUGCUGUCUUGUUAUUAUUACUACAGUAAAUGUUAUAAGUUAUGGAUGAAACUUCCCAAAAUGUACAUCUCACAAGUUAUGCAUUCCUAUAAAUAUACAAUACUA